CAAAGGAAAAAUUAUUUUCUCUUUCAGGGGAAUUCAAUAUUUUACAAGUUGGUAAUGAACGCAUAAAAAUGGAGGAGAGUAGCAGUUCAGCAAUAAUAGAUGUUACAACAGAAAAUAGAAUAAUAUCAGAAUUUCCUGAUGAAAUAAAGGAUAAUGAUGGAUACAACAAUUUAAGUUUAUCCUUGGAUAAUUCAUUGGUGCAAUCACCAAGUAUCGAAAGUUUUUCAACAUUCCAAGACGCUGAAGUGUCUGAAUUGAAUAUGGAUCAAGAUACGGAUUUAUGUGUGCGAGUUGAUAAUCCACAGAAACAAUUGGAAACAUUAGAAACAUUCAUUUUGUUUCGAGUUGUAACGAAAGUAGCACGAAUUGAAUACUCUGAAACGGAGUACAUUGUUCGUCGACGUUAUAAUGAUUUUUGUUGGUUACGUCAGAAAUUAGUCGAAACGUAUCCAAUGCUUAUUGUACCAUCGUUGCCCGCUAAACAUACUUUGAUAGGUCAGUUGGAUAGAUACUCAAAGGAGUUUAUUAUAACAAGAAUGAAUAUGCUCAACAUUUUCAUGAAUCGAAUUGCAUACCAUCCAAUUUUAAGCUAUGAUGCUAAUUUAAAAGUAUUUUUAACAGCGAACCCGUCCGAAUUUCUAUCGUAUCGUAAAAAUAAAACGUCAGCAAUCAAUAAGGUUUCUGAUUCAAUUCAAAAUAUAACGACAACAACGACUAUUAAAAACCGUUCAAUUGAAUUUGAUAAAUUCAAAGAUUACGCUCAAAUUUUACAUGAAAAAUUGUCUACAAUUGAAAAAAUCUCGUUAAGAAUAAACAAGGAGCGCCAAGAUUACAUCACUGAAUUGGCGAAUUACCAUCCAAUAUUAUUAUCUUGGUCAAGUACUGAGCCUCCAUUAUCUGGCUUGUUAAUCAAAAUAUCAAGUGCCAUUGAACGCACUGCAAGUGCUCAAACUCAAUUACUUAACGAUUAUAACAUAACGUUAGGUAAUCCAAUACGCGAGUUUAUAAUGUAUGUAGAAGUUGUACGUGAUGUAUUAAAUAAACGUGAUAAUUAUCAACUAGCGUAUGAAAGCUCUGUAGAAGAUUUAUCACGGAAACGUUGUGAGAAGGAUCAGUUAAUGUCCUUGCAACAGCAACAACAACAGAAUUCAGAAUCAGCGAAUGCAACAUCUACGUCACAUUUUUCGUUGUGGAAAGCUACGUCAUCAGAUCAAAAGUUGGAAAAAUUGGGUACUUGUAUUCCACAACUUGUAAAACAAACUGAAUCUCUACAAGAUCGUUUAGAGUGUGCGAAUGAAGCAUUACGUAGUGAUUUGGAACGGUGGCAACUUGAAAAACAAGCAAGCUUAAAGAAAAUGUUGAUGGAUUUUGCUAAUAAACAAAUCGAGUAUUAUCAAAAUUGCGUAGACGCUUGGGAGAAUGUUCUUACCGAUAAUAAUAUCACUAGUCCAUCACCACAAGUGAAACAGGAAAUUACAGUACAAUGUCAGUUAAGUGCCAGUUAAUUAUAAUUUUUUUUUUUCUUUAAAUAAAUUUUGAAUAUGAUUAACGAUUUUUAAGAAGAAUAUUUUUAAUAGACAAGGGAUAUAGAAGAAAUUUAUAAAACAGGGUUGCCAUAAUUAUUUUUCUUUCAUAUUCUUAUAUGUCUUGGAAUCUCUGCCAUUAUAAUUAAUUUUUUAAUUUUUUAUACAAGUUAUCGAAAAAGAAUUACUUUAUUUAAGUUUCUAUUCAACCUUCUUUUGCUUCAUUAGUCCUCUGAAAGCUAUGCUUUAAUAAUAAUCGUUAAUUUUUGCUUUAUUUUUGCACUCAAGCUAUUGCUUGUUUUCCCCACUCAAUUCGAACAAUGUUGAUUAUUACUUAGACAGUUAGCGCUAUAUUUCAGAAAUACACUGCCGUCGAAUUCUAUAAAUUUAAGUCAAACCUGUGGAAAUUUAUUAGUUGAGAAAUCGCUUCGUUAGUUUUAAAUGAAUAACUAUGGCUGGCGGAUAUUGAACCUGACUUUUAUCAAUUCUAAGUAUCGUCUUCGAUACAGGCCUACUAGUGAGAUCGUCAGAGAUCCUCAUGUUAUGAAGGUGGUAGUGCAAUCGAUAGUGUCCUGUCGAAAGUAACACCAGAUUCUCAACUGUGCUCUACUAAGUUUCAGGGGAGUCAACUUUUCCUAGUUCUGGUUAUACACAGCAUUGAGGUUAUAAAGAAGGAGAACGAUCGCUAUAGAAAAUAUUGUCCUCGAAAUAUGGACAAAAUAAGUAAAAUUUUGACUUUUGAAAGAGAUGCAUGCUAUAUUUGCCACCUAUACGUACUUAAUAAAAAAAAAAUAUGACCAUAACUCCUCGCUAACUUCUUAAAAAUGU